AUGGCACAGAGUGCAUGUUUCUGUUUGGUUCUUCUGGUCUGUGGAAAUGGGUAUGGUCAGCUGGUCCGUCUGGUGUCCCCACUCGACAACGGUGUGGGUCGGCUUGAGGUUUACUACGACGGCCAGUGGGGAACAGUUUGCGACGACGACUUUGACACUGCCGAAGCUGUUGUUGUGUGUAGACAGCUGGGACGAUAUCACAGCGGGUUCAAGCCAAGAGCAAUUCCCACGUUUGGCUAUGGAACUGGGAAGAUCUGGCUUGAUGAUGUAAGAUGCGAUGGCUCUGAACUGAUGUUGAGCAGCUGCAACCACAGACAGUGGGGCGACCACGACUGCACUCACGAUGAAGACGUUGGCAUCAUAUGCGAUGAACGGAGCAGCAGGGUGAAGCUGACACCCGGCUACAGUAACGGCUUGCUGCACGUCCACCACGCCGGCACCUGGGGAACAGUCUGUGAUGACGGCUUCGGUCAAGUCGAGGCUUCUGUUGUGUGUCGAACGCUUGGUUAUCAAAGUGGAAGAGUCAAGGUCGAAACUGUGCCCUUGACUGCAAUGACCAUGUGGUUGGAUGAUGUCGCCUGCAGCAUAAAGAACAUCCAUCUGCUGGACUGCAAGCAUGGAGCAUGGGGAAAGACCGACUGUGGAAACGAUGAAGCCGUUGCCGUAGAAUGUUUUUCUUUUCCGGAAGGUUUCUCAGCUGCUCGACUAGUGCCCAACACCAACCAACGUUCACAAGGGGCACAGGGGAUUCUAGAGCUGUACUACAAGCAGCAGUGGGGUCGAGUCUGUAACACCGGCUUCGGUGCCGAGGAAGCUGCGGUUGUGUGCAGGAUGCUGGGAUACGUCAGCAAAGCUUCGAGUGUGAUGCUGGUCAACGUGACCUCACCAUGGCCUAUGAUUCUGGAUAGAGUCCAGUGUAUUGGUACGGAACCGUCCCUCAACGAUUGUGUACACUACCCUUGGAAUGAGACCAGUUGCUCGUCCAUGUCAGCGGUCGGGGUCAGGUGUCCUACAGUCGACGACGCUAAUCCAUCAGUGACGACAUUUACGUGGCUACACAACGGAUUUCUGACCACUGGACCAACGUUUAGCCUCCUGAACGUGUCCAAGUCUGACCGGGGGGAGCUGAACUGCUAUGCUGACAACGGACAGAAGGGGAUGACGCCUGUUCGUGCAGGCGUCAUGAUCAAUGUGAAAUAUCCGCCUGACAUACACUUGGAGCCAAGACGGGAUCGGAUUAACGUCCUGCGUGGUAGUGACGUGACUGUUGUCUGUGCUGUCGAUGCCGCCAACCCUCCCGUCUCCUUGUUUAUGUGGAAUCACAACAACGACAUCACAUACGGACAGACGUUUACAAAGACCAAUGUGACCAAGUCCGACUCUGGGCGACUUUACUGCACUGCCGACAACGGUGAAGUCACUGCCAGUGUUGGCUCACAGAUAGUUGUCGUGUGUGAGUACCGAACCAUCUUGUGUAAUGAGAAAUGCCUGUCCCCUCAUCCGUUCUAG